CUACCGCAAGGGAUCCACUCUUGACUUCUCUGCCAUACCAUUCAUUGCUGGCGUUUUGUGUUGCACACUUUGGCUAAGAUAUGGUUAUAUGCUUUCGGAUGAGACCAUGAUUUUUGUCAAUACGAUUGGCCUAUCGCUGCAAGUCUUGUAUCUGAUCUGGUUUUACGCCUUCACCGGCAAACGUGGUCCACUCAAUAGACAAAUCGGUUACCUAUUAGUGAUAUUGGCGUCCGUGUCGAUGGUGGUCGAGUCCCGAUCGGAUCCCACGUAUUUGGCCGGUCUGUUAGCCUGUAUGGCAUCGUUGCUGUGCUGUUCGGCUCCGUUGGUCGGUGUGGGCGAAGUGUUGCGGACCAAGAGCUCCGAGAAGUUGCCAUUUGUGUUGAUCGCGUCAUCAUUUGUUGUGAGCCUAAUGUGGUUACUCUACGGACUGGUGAUCAAUGACCAGUUCGUGUCGGUCACCAAUGGUAUCGCUGUCCUCAUCAGUACCGUCCAGUUGUCACUGUUUGUCAUUUACCCGACAAAAGCCAAAACA